ACAGCGGUUUGAUAGUGAACAAACAAAACAAUAUAUAAAAGAGAAAACUUUUCUUGACAAACAGAAAAUUAAAAAAAAAAUCAACUUAAUGUUUAAUUGUACAGAUACAAAUUAAAAACAUUAAACCAAUGCAUAAAGGCUUGUCUUAAACGGUAAAUCUACAAACCAUUGAAAAAUCGAUUAGAGUUAGGCCAAAGGAUAUCAGUAAAGAAAAAAAUAUACUAGAUAUUUGUUGUAGCAAAGUUAAGUAAUAAUUAAUUACUUUAAAAGGUUCAACGAACCAACGACAAAGGUGAUUGAAAAAUAUCUACUUUCUCAGAAUUCCUUACUAAGGUGGCGACCACCUUGCCAAGGUCACAAGUGAAAAUUUAAAAAUUUUCAAAAAUUACUGCCUUCUCAACAGCAAAUUGACUUUGGUGUCUUGACAACGGCAGAGCGUCUUAGCAACACUUUUAAAACCGUAUUCUUAACCUGGCAACUGAACGAACGGCCUAAUUAAAAACAUGCCACACUCUGAAGGUCAUUCGAAACAACAAAUAAAAAUGCCGUCAACGGCACAAUCUUCAAUACCGGCAUCAUCAACACCGCCGUCCUCUUCAUCAUCGUCGUCAUCGACAACGACAGCAGCAACAUCACCAGCAAUGCUAUCAUCAAAAUCUAUGGCGGCCAAUGCAUUUCUCAUGGAUCCAUCAAAUACUGCUAACAAUACGGUUCUGCAUCCACCACCGCCGCCGCCAUAUCCUUUUACGGAUUCCAAACAACAACCGCAGAUGCCACUGUACAUGCCCACAUCAACCUUUAAUCUGCCGCCACAUCAUCCAAAUGAUAAAAUUCUUUUGGAUAAAACCAAAGGAUUGGAUCUCAGCACUACUCUGUCAUCAUUUGAUGAAGCAUUCGGACCGGCAGUGGUUACCGAACCGAAAAAACGUCGCUGGUUAUCAUCGUUGCACAGUGUCAUAUUUAUCAUCACCUGUGCUCUGGCCAUAUUCAUUGUUUUUCGCAAUGUUCUGACGUGGCAUUUACAGAGCUUCUGGGGUGCCUCAGGAGACUUUUGGCAAGCUCAAUGGGACAAAUUCAUUGAUGUCACAGGUGAUGAUCCCUUUAUGUUUUGGGUAUUCGGUACAAAUAUAUUCACCAUGCUGGUGUAUUGGAUGUUCGGUGGUUUCUACACAUUUAUGGAUCUCACAAAUUGCCCGGCAUUUUUGCGUAAAUAUAAAAUUCAGCCGGGUACAAAUGAACCCGUCGAACGUGCCAGACUACUAAAGGUCAUAUCGAAAGUGGUGACGAAUCAAGUUUGUGUCGGUGUACCCAUUUCGGUGCUGUCGUACAAAUUAAUGCAACUGCGGGGCCUUACCCCAAUACGUGAAUUGCCCACAUUUCAUUGGGUUUGUGUUGAGCUGACAAUAUGUAUUCUCAUGGAAGAGCUGGGAUUCUAUUACUCACAUCGACUGCUGCAUCACAAGAAUAUCUAUAAAUUUAUACACAAGCAGCAUCAUGAAUGGACCGCACCAAUUGCGGUGACAGCGCUCUACUGUCAUCCCAUCGAACAUAUUUUCAGUAAUUUAUUGCCACCCUUUUUGGGGGUCUUCAUUAUGGGUUGCCAUGUGGCCACGGCAUGGAUGUGGUUUGCCUUGGCCAUAUUGUCGACAUUGAAUGCCCAUUCGGGCUAUCAUUUGCCAUUCUUUCCCAGUCCCGAGGCCCAUGAUUUUCAUCAUUUGAAAUUCAAUAAUUGCUUUGGAGUCCUGGGUGUUUUGGAUCGUUUACAUGGUACGGACAGCUUGUUUAGAGCCUCAAAAUCCUAUGCCCGUCAUUUAAUGAUGUUGAGUUUUGUACCACCGCGUGAAGCAUUUCCCGACUCAACAACGAAAUGAACAUGAAUGACAGAUGAAGAUCCUGAAUGCAGUCCCCUCCCCCCCAACACAGGUGGCAGAGGGAGGUCUCAGAUUGUAAAGAAAAGCUUUAACAACAAAAUUCAUAUAAGUUUUGUGUUUAUUUUUUUUUAGUUUAGUUUAAGAGUGAGUAGCAUUGGGGUAUUCUGUGUAAGAAUUGUGACAAUUGGAAUUUCGGUGUCAGAAUUAUGACACUAUAACGGAAUUCGAUAAUGACAAGUUUCACAAUUUCUUUACGAUUUAGUUUAAACUUAGUUUUUAAGUGGUGAAAAUAACUACAAAUCUGUAAUAUUGAGAGUAGAAAAACAACAACACAUUUUAUAAAAUGCAUAUGAAAACCCAGGAUUUAAUAAAGGGAUUCAUAAAUACUUAUGUAUGUAAAAAUG